AUGGCCGACAAGCGAAUCGAGAGCGACGCCUUUGGCGAGAUCGAGGUGCCCUCGGACAAGUACUGGGGAGCCCAGACGCAGCGAUCGCUGGGCAACUUCAAGAUCAACCAGCCCCAGGACCGCAUGCCGCCGCCGGUCAUCACGGCGUUUGGUAUUCUCAAGGGUGCCGCCGCCACGGUUAACAUGAAAUAUGGCCUUGAUCCCAAGAUCGGACAGGCCAUCCAGCAGGCCGCCAAAGAAGUUGCCGAUGGCAAGCUCCUUGACCACUUCCCCCUCGUCGUCUGGCAGACCGGCUCUGGCACCCAGUCCAACAUGAACGCCAACGAGGUCAUCUCUAACCGUGCCAUUGAGAUCCUCGGCGGCAAGAUGGGCUCCAAGACUCCCGUCCACCCCAACGACCACGUCAACCGAAGCGCCUCCUCCAACGACACCUUUCCCACCGUCAUGCACAUCGCCGCUGUGCUCGAGCUCGAGCGUGAUCUGCUGCCUGCUCUCCACAGCCUUCGAGCUGCUCUCCAGGCAAAGGUAGACGAUUUUGAAGCCAAGAAGAUUAUCAAAAUUGGACGUACGCACUUGCAAGAUGCUACUCCGCUCACCUUGGCCCAGGAAUUCUCUGGCUAUGUUGCUCAGCUUGACUUUGGUAUCAAGCGUGUCGAGAGCUCCCUGCCCGAUUUGAAGCUACUGGCUCAAGGUGGUACCGCUGUCGGAACAGGCAUCAACACCUUUGAGGGAUUUGCCGAGGGAAUCGCUGAGGAGGUUAGCAAGAUGACUGGCAUUACCUUCCAGACUGCGCCAAACAAGUUCGAGGCGCUGGCCGCCCACGAUGCCAUCGUCCAGGCUCAUGGUAGCUUGAACACCCUGGCUGGAUCCCUCACCAAGAUUGCCCAGGAUAUCCGAUACCUGGGAAGCGGCCCCCGAUGCGGUCUCGGCGAGCUGAUCCUGCCGGAGAACGAGCCUGGUAGCAGCAUUAUGCCCGGAAAGGUGAACCCCACGCAGUGCGAGGCUCUGACCAUGGUUUGCGCUCAGGUCAUGGGCAACAACGUCGCUACCACCAUUGGUGGCAUGAACGGCCAGUUCGAGCUCAACGUGUACAAGCCGCUGAUGAUCCGCAACUUGCUGCACAGCUCGCGUAUCCUUGCCGAUGGCAUGCGCUCGUUCGAGGAGAACCUCGUCCAUGGCCUGCAGGCCAAUGAGGAGAAGAUUGCCAGCAUCAUGAAGGAAUCCCUAAUGCUGGUGACUUGCCUCAACCCCAAGAUUGGCUACGAUAUGGCCAGCAAGGUGGCCAAGAAUGCCCACAAGAAGGGUUUGACGCUGAAGCAGAGUGCCAUGGAGCUCCAGGCGCUGACUGAGGAGGAGUUCGACACCCUGGUGAAGCCUGAGCUCAUGGUUGGACCUAAGAAGGUAUAA